CCGCGGGCGGCGCCGGCGGCGCGAGGCGUGUCCCGGGUCCCGCGCGCCGCCCGCGGCGGUUGGCGGGUGCCUCCGCCCGCCCUGUGGCGCGCCGGGGGAGGCGCGGGCUCGUGCUCGCGCCCUCGCCGUUGCCAUGGCCCCGGCUUGACGUCACGGGCGGUGCGCUGCCCGUGCGCUGCGGCGCGGUGAUUGGCGGAGACGCCGUGUGUGGCGCUGGGAGAGAGGCUGCAGCGCAGCGAGCCGCGACACAGGCACAGUCCGCGCCGGCCGCCCGCCCCGAGACACCCGCCGCCGCGCUCCCGCCGCGCACAGAAAUAUCAGCAUGGAUAAAAAUGAGCUGGUGCAGAAGGCCAAGCUGGCUGAGCAGGCUGAAAGAUAUGAUGACAUGGCAAGUUGCAUGAAAUCUGUGACUGAGCAAGGAGCUGAGUUGUCCAACGAAGAGAGGAAUCUUCUCUCUGUUGCCUAUAAAAAUGUUGUAGGAGCUCGUAGGUCAUCUUGGAGAGUCGUCUCAAGUAUUGAACAAAAGACGGAAGGCGCUGAGAAAAAACAGCAGAUGGCUCGAGAAUACAGAGAGAAAAUUGAGACUGAGCUAAGAGACAUCUGCAAUGAUGUGCUGUCUCUGUUGGAAAAGUUCUUGAUCCCUAAUGCUUCGCAAGCAGAAAGCAAAGUUUUCUAUUUGAAAAUGAAAGGAGACUACUACCGUUACUUGGCUGAGGUUGCUGCUGGAGAUGACAAGAAAGGGAUAGUGGAGCAAUCACAACAAGCGUAUCAAGAAGCUUUUGAAAUCAGUAAAAAGGAGAUGCAGCCAACACAUCCUAUCAGAUUAGGUCUGGCUCUGAACUUCUCUGUGUUUUAUUAUGAGAUUCUCAAUUCCCCGGAGAAGGCCUGUUCCCUUGCAAAAACGGCUUUUGAUGAAGCAAUUGCUGAACUUGAUACAUUAAGUGAAGAGUCAUACAAAGACAGCACGCUAAUAAUGCAGUUACUGAGAGACAACUUGACAUUGUGGACAUCGGAUACCCAAGGAGAUGAAGCCGAAGCAGGAGAAGGAGGGGAGAAUUAACCAGCCUUCCAACUUCCGUCUGCCUCAUUCUGAAAUUUACACAGUAGACCAUUUGUCAUCCAUGCUGUCCCACAAAUAGUUUUUGUUUACGAUUUGACAGGUUUAUGUUACUUCUAUUUGGAUUUCUAUAUUUCCCAUGUGGUUUUGUUUAAUAUUAGGGGAAUAGAGCCAGUUAACAUUUGGGGAAUUUAUCUGUUUUCAUCUGAGGUGGCCAAUAUAGGGUUGUGACAUUUUUAUACGAGUUUUACAUGUUUGGCAUAGUACUUUUGGUACAUUGUGGCUUCCCACAAGGCCAGUGUUAAAACAGCUUUCUAUGUCAAGCAAAAACGAGUGCUUGCAUAUUGGUCUGUCACGAUGGAAAAAAGGGAUAAUCAGUUGCAGCCACAGGUGUAGUUAGUAUGAAUAUUCGAGCUGGAGCACACAUGGCUGUGAAUCAACUGAUGUCCCAUAGAUACUGCAUGUCAAGUCAACAUGUGAGAUCUGUGGAAUAUACCAAUCAAGUGUACAUCUCUGAUUGCAGCUGAAGUGUUCCUUAAGACAGUUUGAUAACCCAGUCAACUUUCUCUAGAGAAGGACAGAGAAACGGUUCACAUUCCAUUAUUUGUAAAGUUACCUGCUGUUGCUUUCAUUAUUUUUGCUACACAUUUUAUUUGUAUUUAAAUGGUUUAAGCAACCUAAGAACAAAUGUACAAGUAAAGAUGCAGUAAAAAAUGAAUUGCUUGAUAUCCAUAAUGACACUGUAUAUCGAGCACAGCAGUACAACAAAAACCCAUGUAUUUAACUUUUUUAGGUUUUUUGCUUUUGUGAUUUUUUUUUUUUUUUUUUUUUUUUUUUUUGAUACUUGCCUAACAUGCAUGUGCUGUAAAAAUAGUUAACAGGGAAAUAACUUGAGAUGAUGGCUAGCUUUGUUUAAUGUCUUAUGAAGUUUUCAUGAACAAUUCAAACAUAACUGUUCAGAACAUGUGUAUUAAGUUGAUGUAAGUGGAAUAAAAGUUUUAUGAAUGGACUUUUCAACUA